AUGGCCACGGAUGCCAAGGACUUCCAGUUCCCGCCCUUCUACAGCCUGCCUCCAUUCUUCACGCUGCAACCGAACGCUACCGUCAGGGCCAAGCAGAUGGAGCUGUGGACGCACUUUGUGUGCGACUACUGCAGGUUUCACCGAGUCUUCAUGCUAGACAUCUCAGACUCCUCUGCCAUCUUCAAGAAUGCUGAGAUCCAACGCCAGCUCGCCGGCGACGCGCGGAAGGCCCUGGCCAAGCACUUGGUUGAGACGGGGGCAGCCGCCUGGGCCGAUGACGGAAAAGGGGGGUCCCAGCCACGGAGUGAGAGGCUCUUGAUCUUCUGGCGCUCGCCAUCAGCUUGGGCAGAUCAGCUCUUAAACUGGGCUCAAGAGAUGGGGCUCAUAGGCAGCGUCGAGACUGUGCAGUCCCUUAUGGAUGGAGAGGCAGCAGAGGGCCAGGAGUUCUUUGGAGCUCCAAGAGAGCUUAUCAUGGUGGCUUUGCAGGUCGAGCUCAGCGAACGCAUGGUUGUCGAUUGGGCAUCGAGGAGCGGAAUCUACAGACCCAAGGUUGCUUCCGUGAAAGCUUCCAACGAUCGGCCGGAGAUGAACUUCGGUAUGCCCCACCUCGAUGAGGGCACGGUGAAGCAAAUUCUCCAAGCGGCAGCGGCGACGCAGCAGCGAGACAUUUUGUUCUUGGAGGUGCGCAACAACUUGCUCAAGGAGGAGCGAAAGCAGGCCAUGAGAGAAACGUUAUUUGGGGGAUGA